AAGAAGUCCUUCCGUAAUAACAAGAGGACGAGCAGCGUCCACCGCUCCACUUCCUCUGGAUAAGUUACCACGAACGCACGUCAGCAUUAUACGGCGACAUUGUUUAAGGGGGGCAGACGCUCACUGUGCGUGUUUCUUUUUUUUAUUAACGUUGCUAAUUUCAUUUUGAAACCACGUAGACCAACUGGCUGGUUGUGACAUUCGCAGAAUCAGCAAACCUGAGAUGCGCUGAAGACGAAAGGACGGAGAACUUCGCUGCAGACUUCGUCAGGUGAUGAGCAUUGAGAGACUUUAGCUGAACAUCAGCGGUAUCAUGGAGGAAGAGAACAGGCCUCUGCUGAGCCCGGAGCCGGCUGGAGAGUCCUGCUCAAACCGAGGCUCCACAGACUCGCUGGACUUCAAGGCUAAAAGGCCUUUCCACGUUGAGCCCAGGAAUAUUGUAGACAAUGACCCACAGGAGAGGGUCUCUGCCGAAGCCGCCAUCCUCAACAGCAGAGUCCAUUACUACAGCAGACUGACAGCCUCUUCUGACAGGCUGCUGAGUCCCCCAAACCAUGUGAUCCCUGGGCCGGAAGAGCUGUACAUCUACAGCCCACUGGGGACGGCUUUCAAGGUGACCGGCAGUGACCCCUCCUCUAAAAACCCCAGUAUCAUCACCAUAUUUGCUAUAUGGAACACAAUGAUGGGCACGUCUAUACUGAGCAUACCGUGGGGUAUGAAGCAGGCUGGCUUCACUCUGGGGAUCCUCAUCCUCAUCUUCACUGGCCUGCUGAUGCUCUACUGUUGUUUCGUUGUCCUCAAAUCACCCAAGGCAAUACCCUAUGUGGACACAUCCGACUGGGAAUUCCCUGAUGUUUGCAGGUACUACUUUGGCAAGUUUGGCCAGUGGUCCAGCUUGAUCUUCUCGAUGGUGUCACUUAUUGGAGCCAUGGUGGUUUACUGGGUCCUCAUGUCCAAUUUUCUCUACAACAGCGGACAGUUUAUCUACAACUAUGCACACGAUGUCAAGAUGUCCGAUUCAGAAUUUGGAACCAACGGCUCCGAUAAAGUCAUCUGUCCAUUUCCAAAUACUAAUCCUCGAGGGAACCACUCCAUGGGCACACUUUAUCUUGGUAACAGUGGGAAUGAAACUUCUUCUUCUGAUGUCUCUUUUGAACACUGGUGGAGCAAAACCAAGACCAUCCCCCUCUACCUCAUCCCCCUGCUGCUGCCGCUGCUCUGUUUCCGCUCCGCCUCCUUCUUUGCCAGGUUCACCUUCUUGGGUACCAUAUCAGUGGUCUACCUGAUCGCGCUGGUCACUCUCAAAGCUGUGCACCUCGGCUUCCACCUAGAAUUCCACUGGUUUGACACGACUCAGUUCUAUGUUCCAGAGUUCAGACUUCUCUUCCCUCAGUUCACUGGUGUCCUCACUCUGGCCUUCUUCAUUCAUAACUGUAUCAUCACAUUAAUGAAGAGCAACAGGAACCAAGAGAACAAUGUGCGGGACCUGUCUGUGGCCUAUCUCCUAGUGGGGCUGACCUAUCUCUAUGUUGGAGUGUUGAUCUUUGCUGCCUUUCCCUCACCUCCGCUAUUCAAAGACUGUAUUGAACCGAAUUUCCUAGAUAACUUCCCCAGCAGUGAUGUGACUGUGUUUGUGGCUCGGACUUUCCUGUUGUUCCAGAUGGUCACAGUCUACCCCCUGCUGGGAUACUUGGUGCGGGUCCAGGUGAUGGGCCAGAUCUUUGGCAACCAUUACCCAAGUUUCUUCCACAUUCUGGCACUGAACAUAAUAAUUGUUGGUGCUGGUGUCCUGAUGGCCAGGUUUUAUCCCAAUAUUGGAUCCAUCAUACGGUUCUCUGGAGCUACAUGUGGCUUGGCUUUGGUGUUUAUCUUCCCUGCCUUAGUCCACAUGAUCUCGCGGAGCAGGCAGGGGCUUCUCCGCUGGCCCUCAGUCCUCUUCCACAGUUUCCUGAUUGUUCUGGGCAUCGCUAACCUGCUGGCUCAGUUCUUUAUUUAAAGAAGUCAGACACAAACACUGAGAUCUCAGAAGUGACAAACAGAAUGUAGACAUUGUUCACAUCAAUGAAUCUGAAAGACAGACAGAGCUUCAACCGAACGAUCAUGUUGGAUGUGGAAAUAAGGAUUGGAGAAGGAAAGUUUAUCAUAUCCGCUUUAAAGGUGAUGCCAUUGCAGGUUUAAAUGCUUUACACAUGGUUUACAACUGGAUUUCAGGAUCACAUAGAGUUGAGUUAUCCUUUGAUUACGAUAACCGUUAAUGUUACUGUUUUUUGCAUGAUAGCUAUUUUCCAGAUACUGGGUUUAAUGUGUUUAUAUUUAAGUACGGAUAGGAUAAACAAAGGGAAUAUCUGCAUUUAAAUACACAAUGAGGGAAACAAUAUAAAGAUUGCAAAUCUAAACAUAAGCAAUGACAAGAAAAAUAGGAAGGGAAGGUCUGAAUGUCCUUCUGAGUGGGGAAAAUGUUGCUCUUGAGUUUUCAGAGAGUUUCCAACAUGUGGAUUGAAGCAGAAAGCUUUGUUGCACAAACAUACCUGAUUUAAUAAAUUAUUUCAUCUACUUUUCAUAAAUAAAUGUUGACUUUUGGAUUUGACAGUGCUUUGGAGUUUUCAGAGAUGUUUGGAUGUUUUGGAGAUGUGGCAGUAGUUCAGCGAAGAAGAAAUCUUACGGCGCUACACUGGAUUUCUACAAAAAAUAAUGUAAUAAUAUAGCCUCAUCUUUAUCUUGACAGUACAUAAUUAGCGGAUUUAAUUCAAAUGUAUAUUCUUAAAAAUAACAGAACUGUAUAUCAUUCAAAUGUGGAUUUUUUUUUUAUUUGAACCGUUUAUUGUCAACCGUACCAAUGAAACUUUGCGAUAUACAGUAAAAAGGUUUUGGGCGAACAUCUCGGCCAUUGACAAGAGAAGAGGGGUCUCUGCUCUUUUUAAGUUCUAUGGACAACACCGUACAUUGUGAUUGUGGUAGAGAAGCCUGCAUGUAGAGCCCCUCUACAUCUGAGCCUGAAGGGCAAAAGUUCUAACCUACUUUCCUCUAUGGUAAUUGGAUUUAGUGUGAAUAAUGACGGAAGAGAGAAUCUGCCUGCAUGCAACUGGAAGAAGGUGUGUGUUUGCGCAAAUGUAGUGAGUGGAGAUGGAGAGCAAAUGGGAGAACACUAGAUGGUGCCAAAGAUCCAUCAGAGACAAAUUUAUUUGUAUGUAUCAGUACUAUCCUUUACUCAGGCUGUCUGGAUGUGUUAACAAUUCCAAAAUAAAAUCUACAGGACAGUAUUCUGAAAACCCCAA